UCUUUUUACUUAUAUUUUUCAUAAACCCCAUGAGCGUCUCUUGCCUUUGCAUCCUCAGUGUCGAUUGAAGUGAAGAUUGAGCGAGUUCUAGCAAUGGCGGUUGGAAGAGAUGGUAGGGAUUUUAUGGGUCUUCUUUUAGCAGUGAACUUGGUGGUUUAUCUCAUCAUUCUUGGACUAGCUGGAUGGUCUCAUGACAAAUACAUCGAUGGUGAACAGAAUCACCCACAUUUGGGUGGUAAUACAUCCACAAACUUCGUGUUGUUGUUUGCCCUGAUAGCUGGAGUGACGGGGGCUUGUUCAGUGAUUACUGGGAUCAUGCAUCUUCAUGCUUGGAGAAGUGAUAGUUUGGCUGGAGCAUCUUCUUUGGGAAUCAUUUCCUGGGCUCUUACUACUCUUGCUUUUGGACUUGUGUGCAAGGAGAUAAUAUUAGGAGGGCACAGAGGAAAGCGACUGCAAACAUUAGAAGCAUUUAUCAUAAUAGCGAUGGCAAGUCAACUCCUAUAUGUGGGAGUUCUUCAUGCUGGGAUGUUCUACAGCAGAUACGGCCCCUAUUACCGCAGUUACAACAACAACCACGGUGGCAGCAGUGGGGUCGUAGAAACGUCUUACGAACCUCAAAAGACUGAUACUGAGACCAUAACCUAAAAGAGAGUCAUGUACAUUCAUGCCCUGGUUUGUGGAUGCUGAAUCUGCUGAUGGAGCUAGAUAUGGUUGUGUAAUUUGUUUUGCAAUACACUUUUGCAUGGAUUUCAUGUGGAUGUAGCUGGGAAGAAGAGAUUAAACUAGUUUUGUAGUAACAUACGAAGCAUAUGACCGACUGUUCGAUUGUGCUUUCUCAAUAAUAAAAAACGUUGGUUCCGA